UUGUAAAAAUUUUAGAAUACAUUCGAACUUCAUUUUUAGAUACCCCUAAAUUGUCCCUUAUAAUUAGAGUACUUGGGUAUCGCUUAGACAGUUCUUCCCCCCAGUGGCCACUCAAAAUUUAAAAGAAACAUCUUAAAUCUCAAGUUUAGGAUCGAGGUUUCGACUACCUAUAUUAUACUUAAAAAUAAAAAAUAUAAAUAUUCACUCAUUUAAAUAAUAAUUUUAGAAAAUGGAAGAAAAUAAUAAUUUCCAACAAAAUUUAAAUUAUCCAAUUUCUAACCAAAAUAUAAAGGGAAAUGAAAAUAAAAAAUUAAUAAUUAAAAAGAAUUUUCCAAUAAAUUGUCGUGUUUGUGGAGGUAUAGCUAGUGGGUAUAUUUAUUAUGGGGUUAUGUGUUGUUGUAAACAUUUUUUUCGUCGUUGUAUUGCAACAAAGGAUGAAAUUAAAUGUAAAUCCGAAGGAAAUUGUGAAAUAAUGAAUGUUCCAAACAAAUGCAAAAGUUGCCGUUUCGAUAAAUGUAUUUUAAAAGGAAUGAAUGUAGAAAAAUUGAAAGGUCCUCACAAUAAAUCUAUAUGGGAUGUUCGUUCAUUAAUUGAACAAAGAAUUGGUGAAUUAGCAUUAAAUGGGAAAUAUGUAGAAAGAAAAAUUGAAAAUUAUGUUAAUAUAAAUUUAAAUGCUGUAUUUUCUGUUAUGCAAAAUUAUUUAAUCGAAAAUCAAGACAGUCAAAUAAUCGACUAUCUUUUAUUGAUAGAACAAAAUGUUCAAAGAAUCAGAAUUUCACCUACAAAAGUUAUUGACAAACAUUAUGAUUAUUCUUGUAAAACAUUAAAUGAUUUAAUUAACCAACAAGAAAAUUUAAUUUCGAAAAGUUGCGAAUAUUUGGAUGAAGAAAUAAAAAUGCCCGAUACAGAUUAUUUUGAGUUUCUUAACAAAAAUGGACUUUUCGCUAUACAUCCACACUCCUUAAUCGAGGAUCUUAUGUUAAUUGUUAAUAUGGCUAAAAUUAUGCCUUUCUUUAAUAAAUUGGAAAUGUCUGAUAUUGUUACUCAACUUAAAAAUAUUUCUUGGGCCAUUAUAGUUUUAGCAACUGCAUAUUAUUCUAGUACUAAAUUGUCAGAUGCUGUUAUAACAACAGAAAGAUUACCUAUGUUUGCAGCUUUUAGUGGAGAUUAUUAUAAAGGAAAUUUAACGUUAAGUAGUUAA